UAAAGCGGCCGUCCUCAGCAGAGUCACACAGAGGGAUCUGACUCUCCUUUGUGAACCGGCUCACUCCUCCCGGUCCAGUCUCUCUGUUUAACUCGAUUUCGCUCGCACUCUUUCCUUUUUUUCCCCACACCUUUACGUUCUUAGUUUCCCCCCCAAAAAAGGACAGCACACGGCAGCACCAUGAGCAAGACCAGCUACAGCUACAGUUACAGCAGCAAGGGCAGCAGCGGAGGAGGCAUGGGUGGUGGAUUCGGCGGCGGAAUCGCCAGCGGCGGGGGCAGCAUCAGGAAGAGCUACAGCAGCCAGUCGGCCUUCGCCGCGCCCCUCGGGUCCACCAGGGUGAGCGGCGUCUCUGUCCGGCGCUCAGGGGCUGCCGGCGGCGGUGCCGGGAUGGGGUUCGGCGCCGGUGCCGGUUUCGGCAGCGGAGCCGGUUUUGGUGCCGGAGCCGGUUUCGGCGCUGGGGCUGGCUUUGGCGCUGGCUUUGGCGGUGGCCCCUACAUCGCUCCCAUCACCGCUGUGACCGUCAACCAGAGCCUGCUGGCACCCCUCAACCUGGAGAUCGACCCCAACAUCCAGGCCGUCCGCAACCAGGAGAAGGAGCAGAUCAAGACCCUCAACAACCGCUUCGCCUCCUUCAUCGAUAAGGUGCGUUACCUGGAGCAGCAGAACAAGAUGCUGGAGACCAAGUGGAGCCUCCUUCAGGACCAGACCACCACCCGCUCCAACAUCGACUCCAUGUUCGAGGCCUACAUCGCCAACCUGCGGAGACAGCUCGACAACCUGGGCAACGAGAAGGUCAAGCUGGAGGGAGAGCUGAAGAACAUGCAGGGCCUGGUGGAGGACUUCAAGAACAAGUACGAGGAUGAGAUCAACAAACGUGCGGCUGCGGAGAACGACUUUGUGCUCCUCAAGAAGGACGUUGAUGCCGCCUACAUGAACAAGGUGGAGCUCGAGGCAAAGGUUGAUGCUCUUCAGGAUGAGAUCAACUUCCUCAGGGCCGUCUACGAAGCGGAACUGCGUGAGCUGCAGGCCCAGAUCAAGGACACCUCCGUGAUCGUGGAGAUGGACAACAGCCGCAACCUGGACAUGGACGCCAUCGUGGCUGAAGUGCGCGCCCAGUACGAGGACAUCGCCAACCGCAGCCGCGCCGAGGCCGAGUCCUGGUACAAGCAGAAGUUCGAGGAGAUGCAGACCUCCGCUGGGCGAAGUGGAGACGACCUCCGUGCCACCAAGGCUGAGAUCGCCGAGCUGCACCGCAUGAUCAGCCGCCUGCAGAACGAGAUUGACGGCGUCAAGGCCCAGCGUGCCAACCUGGAGACGCAGAUCGCCGAGGCGGAGGAGCGUGGCGAGAGGGCAGUGAAGGACGCCAAGGACCGCAUCAAGGACCUGGAGGAAGCCCUGCAGAGGGCCAAGCAGGACAUGGCCCGCCAGGUGCGCGAGUACCAGGAGCUGAUGAACGUCAAGCUGGCCCUGGACAUCGAGAUCGCCACCUACAGGAAGCUGCUGGAAGGAGAGGAGACCAGGCUGUCUUCUGGUGGUGGAGCCACAAAGAUCCAUGUGCAGCAGACCUCCAGCGGCUUCUCCGGCCUGGAGAGCGCCGGCGGAUACGGCGGCGGAUACGGCGGCGGAUACGGCGGUGGAUACAGCGGCGGAUACGGUGGCGGGUACGGCCUGGGAGGCGGCAGCAGCGGCCUGUCUAUGGGUGGGGGCAGCUACGGCGGGGGCGCCACCAUCACCAAGACCUCCACAGUGACUAGCAGCAGCAGACGCUUCUAAAGCGGAGGUCUUCCUCCCUCUGCAUCAUUUCUGACCUAACUGCCCACUUACAGAUACUCAUCCCUACGCAUAAAGAGAGUGAGCAUCCGUCGAUCCAGAACAUUCUAUGAGGGGGAGGGGGGGGUUGGCCAGCAGGUAUCAUCCUAAUCCCUUUACAGUUUACCAACUCCAUUCAGUUCCCGGAAGAACAAACUUCUUCCAUUACAUUUUUAUCUGGUUUUAGCCACUGUGGAGCUUAAAGCCCACAACAGCUGAGUGAUUCAGCCAGCCAAUAAUUGCAGGGAACAGCAUGAGCAGUAAGGUUUCCCUUUAUUCGGAGUCUGGAACAUUCCCAGAAAGCAUUCAAAUCACGGUUUUGGGAUAGAACACUGCCCCUGUCUGUCCCAACCCCUCCCUGCUUAGUGUUCCGGAUCUAUGGAUGCCUCCGCCCCCUUGUUCUUACAUGUUGAAACACAUAAUAUUACAGGGCAUCUCAUUACAUUCAGUUACCCCCCCCCCACCACCACCACCACCACCACUACCACCUUCCUUCAGCUAUCUAUCAAAAGCAAAAAAAAAAAAGAGUGAAGAAGAGAGUGAUUUUGAAACGGUGAAAAAAAUCAAACCUAAAAGAGAACAAUUCUGUUCCCUCCUGUGUGCGACAGACUGCCUUUGUGUUGUGUGAAAACGCAGCCCUAUGGAGGGCCUCACUCCUACGGUCACGGAACAGUCAGUGCAGACUCACCAUUUGCAGAAAUACAAGCAGAGCAAGUCUAUGAAAGUGGGUGUAUUUGUGUCCCACGUUCCCGAGAGGCAGAAUGACAGUGUAUGCAUGCUUGGUUUCUCAACGCCUUGAUUCUCUUUAUUGCAAAUAAAAUUUUGCAGUGUUUCUCCUGACAACCAGACCGGAAAAAAGAGCAGCUUUUUCAGUAUGCAGCUAAGAUGUGCUGCCUCCCACUAGGGACAAGGGCUGUACUGCAGUAUGUAUACAUUAUAUAAUUGAAAAUAUAUUGUAUAUUGCAGUGGUUCUGUGAUGCCUGUGACUUUGAGUGUAGGCCCUGCUCUUUCUCUUCUGUCUCAGGGAAUAUUGGUUCACUAGGGAGGAUCUGAAAUGGUUUUCUUCUGGUUUUGUUUUUUUUCGCUUGAUACCAAAAAGUCAAAAAGGCUGUUGUGACCAGAUUCAGUAAGUGCAAUUGAUUUUGUAACACCCAAAAAAAAAAAA